AUGGCGGUGUGCGCCCGGCUGUGCGGCGUCGGCCCGGCGCGGGGCUGCCGCCGGCGGGGGGCGGCGAGGGAGCAACGGCGGGGAGGGGACGGCGACAGCGAGCCCGACACCGACACGGAGCCCGAGGUGGACUCCGGGGUAGCGGUGGCUGCGGAGGACGAUGAGGAGACGGAGCGCAUCGAGGGCUCCAGGCCUUCGGCGGGCCCCGCUGAGGCGGGCCGGGCCCCGCUGUCGCUGCUGGAGCUGCCCCCGGAGCUGCUGGUGCAGAUUUUCGGUUCGCUGCCCGGUACCGACUUGCCCAGCCUGGCUCGGGUCUGCACCACUUUCCGCCGCAUCCUCCGCACCGACACCAUCUGGCGGCGGCGCUGCCGUGAAGAAUACGGCGUCUGUGAGAACCUGCGGAAGCUGGAGAUCACCGGGGUGUCCUGCCGAGAUGUGUAUGCCAAACGUAUAAACCCACGGGUGAAGUCGGGGCGUUUUAUGAAAAUCCUUCCCGACUACGAGCACAUGGAGUACAGAGAUGUUUACACCUGCCUGCUGCACCGAUACCGCCACAUCUUGGGGUUAUGGCAGCCGGACAUCGGGCCCUAUGGGGGACUGCUGAACGUGGUGGUAGAUGGCCUGUUCAUCAUCGGGUGGAUGUACUUGCCACCUCAUGACCCUCAUGUGGAUGAUCCGAUGAGAUUCAAACCUCUCUUCAGGAUUCAUCUCAUGGAGAGGAAAUGCGCGACCGUUGAGUGUAUGUAUGGUCACAAGGGGCCUCACAAUGGUCAUAUCCAGAUUGUAAAGAAGGAUGAGUUCUCCACAAAAUGCAACCAGACAGAUCACCAUCGGAUGUCAGGGGGAAGGCAAGAGGAAUUCCGGACGUGGCUACGGGAAGAAUGGGGUCGGACUCUGGAAGACAUCUUCCACGAACACAUGCAGGAGCUCAUCUUGAUGAAGUUCAUCUACACCAGCCAAUAUGACAACUGCUUGACGUACCGACGCAUCUACCUCCCUCCUAGCAGCCCUGAUGACCUUAUAAAGCCGGGUCUCUUCAAGGGGACGUACGGGAGCCAUGGGCUGGAGAUUGUCAUGUUGAGCUUUCAUGGAAGGAAAGCCAAGGGGACUAAAAUCACCGGAGAUCCCAACAUCCCAGCUGGGCAGCAGACCGUGGAGAUCGACCUGGCGCACCCUCUGCGGCUCCCUGACAUUGAGAACCUCCGCGAUUUCAGCGAGCUCUCCCGCAUCGUCCUUGAGGUCCAGGAGCAGGUGCGGCGCGAGGAGCAGGAGGAGGAGCAGCGGCAGGAGGGAGAGGACCGCUCCCAGCAGGCUGCCUCCCAGCCCGCUGCUCAGCCCCAGGGAGGAGGAGAAGGUGCUGAGGGAGAAGAGACUGCAGCUGGGGCCGAGGGGGCAGCCCAGGACAAGGCGUCAGCUUCCCAGCCUUUUGUGCUGCCUAUGGGAGUCAUAUCAAGGAAUGAAGACUAUCCCCGGACCUGCCGAGUUUGCUUUUAUGGGACGGGGCUUAUUGCUGGCCACGGCUUCACCAGCCCCGAGCGAACCCCGGGUGUUUUUGUUCUCUUCGACGACGAUCGCUUUGGAUUCAUCUGGCUGGAGCUGAAGUCCUUCAGUCUCUACAGCCGGAUCAAGGUCUCCUUUCAGAACGCCGAAGCGCCUUCCCGGGAGGCUUUUGAUGAAAUGCUGAGGAAUAUUCAGUCGCUGGCUACUUGACGGGUGAUGUGUGAUGGACAGGGCUAGGGAUUGCAAAGGCUGCUGCACUCCCCAGCCAAGAUGGGAUGGGGAUUCCUUGUUCUCGGUACCUCUGAAAAAAAAAAAAAGCAUGCACUUUUAAUAAAGCCUUUUUACCCCAAAUGUACACAUCCCUGUUAAAAUAUCCGUGACUGCCCUUUCCUCCCUGUCACCCCACACUGCUCCCCAGCAGUCCUUGGUACCCAGUCUGUAACGUAGCUUUGUAUAGCUGAAGGGAUCCUGCAGAGGAGGACAUUGAGCUUUGUUACUGCAAAAAGAAUGUGCUGCAACAAAAAUAACUCACGGUCAGGGGUGGAUCAGAGAACAUCUAAUCGACUGGAUGGACACAAACCCUCUGCUGUGACCAUUAGCAGUCUCCCAUGAACGAACCUUCCUUCAGGGAGGGGACUUUUUGAAGCCUUUGCUGUGCUCCUGGCCAAUCUGUCCUGCUGGGAGAGCUGCUUUACCCUCGUGACAACCUGCCUGGUCCCCUGCUGCAGGCUGGCUGGCUGCCUAACGAGCGAUUGCAUCGGUGGUGACAAAGCACAUCCUCCUCUCCGGGAACCUUUCUCUAGGUGCAGCGUCAUCAGCAGGGGCUGCUUUAGUGUACCUGCAUCCGUGGCUGAGUUAUCAGAGUGGGUAGUUUCCUUCUGAGAAAUUCCCCCAGCGUGGCAGCGAGGAGGUUGGCAGUGCACGUGGCGUUGCCCUGGCUUUUCUGGAGCUUGGUGGCCGUGCUGUCCCUGCAGCUGGGGGUCUCCCUGAGCACAGAGGAGAGGAUUCUUGUUUCUUGGAGGUACACAACUGGAAAUGAGUGUAAGCUGCAGGAGCUGAUGCACUCAGAACUGGUUUUGUACCUGAAAAGCUCAUCUUAGAUCUUGUAAAAUGGGGCUGAAAACCUAAAGGAGGAAAAAAAAUAAAGUGAAGUGAGCCCGAAUGCAGCCUUUUUGACUCCCGCCUGCAGUGGGUAGCAGCAAGUGCCAAUGUCACUGGUGCUGACAUGCCCCCAGCUAGGUGUCAUUCUCGUGUCAGGUUGCCUUGCACAGUCUGAAGGAAAGAUGAGGAAUUUGUACAUCGCUGUGGCUUGUUCUGGUGCUUCUUAUGGUCGGUGCUGACAGGUUGGUGCUGCUGCUCCGCUCACAAGGCCCUUCUGUUCCCUUGCUAGUUGUGCUCGUUUCAUCCCUGAUGAUUGCUCCUUGCACAGAAAGCUCCUGGGCUUAAUUUCUUUCCACGAUGCCCGCGUUCUCCGUGGCAGAUCUGAGCUCUGCUGGGAGCUGUGGGCUGCUGCCGAGGGAGCCACGUUCCCCACAGACCAGCCUUUGCAGCAGCGUGCUGUAGGAAAAUCCUGGCUAGUGCUCAUCUGCAAGCUGUGAGUUGUGCUUUAAACCAUCUCAGUGUGUUCUGUUGUUAAUCCUGUGCAGGAAGAGGUGACGGGGUCCUUGUGUGAGAGCAGCUUGGAAGGAAGGUCGUGGGUGCAAGUGGGAGAAAGAAAUCCUUUGGAGUUCUUCUCUGGCUGUGGGGGUGAACUACACCGUCUCUUCCUAAUACCAGCUGCAUCAGUUUGUCUAACAAAACCCCGUCUUUACAUCUUCUGCAGGUUUGGGUUUAUAAAUGUGUCUGUACACGCCUUGUAGGUGAGGAUUUGGGCCCCCUCUUACGGAGAAGCUUCGGCCGCUGCCUGGCUCCGUGGGCUGCGAGCAGCUCUUUAUUCGCGCUCUCACAAGGGCUUUUUGCCAUUUCUGGCUCUCGAGUGUUCCUUCAAGCUGUGUGAGAGCCGAGUCUCCAGCAGGGGUUUUGAGCAGAAGGUCACGUCAGUCACAGGAUUAAUUCCUGUCUCUUUGGAUACGGUUUCACAAGCCUCUGAGAAUCUGAAGGUGAUUUCGGGCGCUUUUUUCUUUGCUUCCUGCUGCCUCGUCAGCAGCAGAAAUCCUGCCUCUGCGUUCCAGGUGAGCAGCUGAAGUGCUAUUGCCCUUCUGGUGAACAAGCUCUGAGGAAUUGGUUCUGUGCAGCCUGCUGGAGGUGUUCCUGGUGGUGUCAGCAGAGGGAAGAGUUGGCUUGGAUCUCAGCCCAGCCCCACGCGAGGCCAGGAGAGCUGCAGGAGGGAGAGGCAGGGUGGCGGUUCUGAGCCUUGGCACACGGGCAGAGGUGAGCUGAAGCUGAAAUGGGGCACCUCAGCCCCUUGCUCUGGCUGAUGAGCUGUGUAAGGGAGAAAAGCCCGUGCUUAAUGCCACAGACACAAGUUUCCAGCUUUGUUAUGCAAAUCAGGGAUACCUGAAGACAUUAGGAGCCUGUUUAGCACCCGGGUGGCUGAUUUAUCUUGGAGCUCGGUGCCAGGCUGGUGCAGCCAGUGAGAAAGCUGUUUUGGGCUCUCCUAAGAGAGCCUCAGGUGAUGAAAGAGGUCCCUUGGGCAGCUGUUUUAAUCCCUUGUCCUAAAACCAUCUCUGCUCCCAUUGCUAUUUUAUCUAUGGUCCUGAUUUGUGGGUUCCUCCUUCCUUCAACAUCCCCGCUCACCUGAAAAACAUAAAGAUGAAAAUGAAAUUUUACACGACUGACUUAAUUAUUAAGGUUUUGGCUUUCUCAGCUUAAAAACCCAGCCUGUCCUGAUGCGCUACAGGCGCUUGGCCGGAGCCCCGAGUCCCAGCCCUGUAAGUCCAGCCGUUUUUGUUGCUCUCCUCCCUGAACUUGCUGUGUUGGGUUUGCUGAGCGUGCAGAGGUGUAGGUGUGAUUCCCCGCCGUGCCAUCAAAAGCUUCGUGAAGUCGCAGCUCACCUUUCCUAUCUAUCAGGAGCCUGCUGAGGGUGCGAGCCCUCAGGCAGCAGAUGGCAGGAGUGCUUUGCUCAGGUCUGUGCAGGGGGAGGACCUGUCGGGCUGCUCUCUGCACGUCUUGUGCCUCUGCUCUGCUUCCAGCUCGUCACUCCUGGACCUGUUUGCUGGCAGAGGUCAGGAUCUGCCUUCUGGAGGCCAGACCUGCUUGUCUGCCCCGGGGAGGAGGCUUUGCAGAGGCAGGGAGUGCUGCGGGAGCCGCUCAGACGUCAGCUCUGCCUUUGUAGGAGCACCUUUGUGGUGCGCCGCCUGGCCUCAAAAUGUCAGUGUGCCAGCCCUGAUUAGAGGCAGAGCUGCUAGUACACGCUGGCUUUAUUCUGUCUAGAGCAAAGGCAGAUGAAAAGAGCAAAUUUGGUAUUAAUGCUUCUCCGUUCCCUUCCCUUCCCCUCUUCUACUCCUCAAAGCCUUGCAGGCUUUUGUGGGGGGUAUUUCAGGAGCCGGAUUUUCUCCGCUUUGAGCGAGGAAAGCUGGCAGGAUGGUGAAUCUGGAGAGACUGGCAUAAAUAUUGUGUGCUCCUGCGCCUCUGAUGGGUCCUUUGGAUCUGUUUGUGUCAGAAAAGCAGAAUGAGGCCACGGGGAGUCCUGACUUCAGCUCUGGGAGAGGGGAAUGAGCAGGAGGAGCAAAAUUUUGGCAUCUGCAGGUGAAUUGUUAAAAUGGGCAGGAUUAGCAGUGUGCCCAGGUUCGUGGUGGAUGCUGCCAGCCGAGCAAUUAAUUCUAGCAGCAAUUUCUGCUGCUGCUGUGCCCUUCUGUAGAAAAACUUGGAGACAAUUGUCUUUACAUCUUGAUUCCAGAUGCUGGGGAAGGUGGGACUCACCUUGUCGGGGUUAAGAAACCUCUUGGUGGAAGGAUUUGGGAAGAAAAGCCUUUACAAUUAGGUUGCAGAGCAGCCUUGCCCAAAUAACCACAGCAGGACCUAGGGCUUAAUUCUAAUUUAGGAGCAUUAAGCAAGUGGCUGACGUGCUCGAGCUGCGCGUGCUCUGUUGCCAAAACACGAGGGGUUUGGCCAGCUGGGAAACAGAAGCAUCAAAGAUCCACCCAGUUUGUUUGUGCUGGGGCUGAUUUCAGAGCUAUAAAUACGCCGUGAUCGAGCGCUGUGGUUGCAGGAGACCUAUUUCAGUCUGCACGGGCUCGCCAGGUGUUUGUUUGGAUGGAGGAGGAUGGACAGAAUUACUUCAGCUUUGGCUACCAGCCUCCACAGGCAGCCACUGAGAUGGCAAUGAAGUAGGAAACUUGUGCUGGGGAGAAAGCAAAUCCAUGUGGAAGCUUGCUAGGAGGUGUAAAAUAUAGGAGAAAAAAAAAAAAGCAGGCAGCUCAGUGUUUGCUUUCAGAGAAGGACGGCUUUUUAUUGCUUUUUAUUAAUUAAAAAUGAGUGGGACUUCAUGGGAGUGAUGGGUGUUGUGUGGAAAUGGGUGGUAUAACCUCAGCUUGCUAAUUUAGGGGGUGAUGAUGUAUGGACUGUCUCGUGGCUGCUUGCUCGGGUGGCCAGCAAGCUGCUGCUGCGUUCAGCUGCCCGAGGAUGCCCUGCUGGGACACGGACGUGGUCGAGGUGCGUGGUCAGGCUGUGCAGGGGGAGAUAAGCCACCACCACGUGAGUGCCACCGACCUUUUCUGUGCUGAAUUAAAAUGUAGGACUCCGGUUUUCGCUUGGAUUGCAGCCUUUUUGAUUUUUCAAGGAGAAGAGCACUCGGAUCAGCUGCGUUCGUUAGCUCAAUUAAAGCAAGCUGCACUUUUUUUUUCCGUGGACUAAUGCUGCUCCUUCCUCUGAGCAGGCGUGCCCUGGUGGUGUGUAUUUGCACUCAGCGCUUCAACGUGACACCAAGGGACUAAUCUGGGCACCUCCAGCAGGCUCAGCGUGCAAACAAGUCUCUCCGAAGUGGCUGUUAUUUAUUAAAAAGGAGGAGGAAAGAGCAGAGCCCUGCCUCGCACAGAGGGCGGUGCAGGGGGAGAAGGUGAGCUUUUCUUUCCCAAAUGCCAUUUGACAUCCAACACCUCCGCUUUCGUGCCCCAGCCCUCUGUGUGGAACACGAUAAGAGGAGUUUAAAUAGCUCGCCUGCCCUGCUUGUUCCCCCAGCGGAGGGCUGGGGCUCUGCCUGCCCUUUUUUUUUGUUGUUUGUGGGUGUGAGAGGAACGGGGCUGUACGAAAGCCAGACGGGACUUUGCAACGCUGGGCCUGCUUCAUCCCAGCUAUCAGAAAGCUGAGCAAAACGUGUGUGUUACUUUUACACCUAACCAUUAUAACCCCAGGAGCCUUUUCCAGUUUCAAAUAAUAAUAAAAAAAAAGGUUUUGUGAA